AUGGCACCUCCGAUUCAAGCAGCUCUGCCUCCUGAUGGAAUCUGGCGAAGAGGGAAGAAUUACUCCUCCGUAUGUAACCAUGUGUUCGAGAUCGAUGCCAAAUAUAAGCCCCUCAAGCCUCUCGGGGCAGGAGCCUACGGCGUGGUCUGCUCUGCGCUUGAUAAGAAGACGAACGAGAAGGUCGCCAUCAAGAAGAUCUCCAAAUUGUUCGAAGACCCCACCACCGCUGUCAGGACUCUGAGGGAGAUGGCCAUUCUCAGGCAAGUCAGGCACGCCAACGUGAUCCCCCUCAAGGAUGUCAUGGUGCCGAGCCCGAAGACGAAAUUUAAGGACAUUUAUUUGGUGUUCGAGCUCAUGGACACCGACCUGUCUCAUAUUAUCAAGUCGAGUCAGGGACUAUCUGCCGAUCACGUGACGUUUAUGGUCUUUCAGAUUCUUUGCGGCCUCCGCUACAUUCACUCAGCUAACGUCCUCCACCGAGACCUCAAGCCCAGCAACAUCCUCAUCAACUCCAACUGUGAUCUGAAGAUUGGCGAUUUUGGACUGGCGAGAACGACAGCCCAAGAUGACUCAGAGUUCAUGACUGGCUAUGUUGUCAGUCGAUGGUACCGUGCGCCCGAGGUCCUCCUUGGCUCCUACAACUAUGGGCAAACUAUCGACGUCUGGUCGGCUGGGUGUAUCUUUGCUGAACUUCUCGGGCGACAACCCAUCUUUCCUGGCACCUGCUCCGAGAACCAGUUGCAGUGCAUAAUCAGCGUGCUAGGCACCCAAAAGGAAGCGGAUCUUGAGUUCAUCCAAAGUGCAACGGCGAGAAAAUACGUCGAGUCCCUGCCUCACUGUAGAGGAAUCCCGCUCUCGAGUCUCUUUCCCCUGGCAGAUCCUUUGGAAUUGGACUUGCUGGAGAAGAUGCUCGUGUUCGACCCCAGGAAGAGGAUCACUGCUGCUGAAGCACUCAAGCACCCUUACCCGGAAGACAUUUACGAUCCGACACUCGACUGCCCGGCCCAGUUCCAGGUGAAGAUUGACGUAGAGGAGGGCGUAAAGGAGAAGGUGAUGAGGAAACUGAUGUGGGACGAGGUGGUCUAUAGCCAUCCUGAACUCGCUUUGAACCGUGGCCCAUGCCGAUAGGUUGUUUAUGCCUCAAGAGAAGUUUGUUUAGGCCCAUUUUUUCUUAGCUCCUUACUGUGAGUACAUGUCUGCAUAUAUCAGCAAUUGAAGACCUCUUCAAGCAACAAGCUCGCUGCUUAAGGGCGGCCCGCCGAAUUUCAAAGAACCUCGAUUGUUAUAAUUACU